CCAUGCUGGUGCUCUUGUUCGCUGCCAGUGGAAGGGUUUAGGACUGACCGUAUUCAGUUCUGUAUGCAUGUCUCUUCUCUAGACGUGGCAAGCUGCAGAGGGAGUCAGACUUCAUGGCCAGUGUAGACAGCAGCUGGAUCUCCUGGGGUGUGGGAGUCUUCAUUCUGAAGCCCCUGAAGUGGACCCUCUCCAGUGUGCUGGGUGACAGUAAAAUACCUGAGGAAGAGGAGGUUCUGAUUUAUGUGGAGCUGCUUCAGGAGAAGGCAGAGGAAGUUUAUCGCCUGUAUCAGAACUCUGUGCUUUCUUCUCACCCUGUUGUUGCGCUCUCGGAGCUACGUUCCCUCUGUGCCAGUGUUUGUCCAGAUGAAAGGACAUUCUACUUGUUGCUGCUUCAGCUGCAGAAGGAAAAGAGGGUCACGAUCCUGGAACAGAAUGGAGAGAAGAUAGUGAAGUUUGCCCGAGGUCUUCAUGCCAAAGUCUCCCCGAUGAAUGAUGUGGACAUCGGAGUGUAUCAGUUGAUGCAAAGCGAACAGCUGCUGUCACAGAAGGUGGAGUCCCUUUCCCAGGAAGCAGAGAAGUGUAAAGAGGAUGCACGGAGUGCUUGUAGAGCUGGGAAAAAGCAGUUGGCACUGAGAUGUUUGAAGUCCAAACGAAGGACAGAAAGGCGCAUUGAAGAGCUUCAUUCCAAGCUGGAUGCAGUGCAGGGGAUCUUGGAUCGUAUAUACGCCUCCCAGACUGACCAGAUGGUAUUUAAUGCCUAUCAGGCUGGUGUGGGAGCUCUGAAACUGUCUAUGAGAGAUGUUACUGUGGAGAAGGCAGAGAACCUGGUGGAUCAGAUACAAGAGCUUUGUGAUACUCAAGAUGAAGUAGCCCAGACUCUGGCUGGAGUGGGGAUCAAUGGUCUAGAGAUGGAUACUGAGGAACUUGAGAAGGAGCUGGACAGUCUCCUCCAGGACUCGACUAAGGAGCCUGCAGAUCUGCCUCCUGUUCCCCAUAAGGUGCUGAAUCCACCCAUUUCUGAUGCUGAGCUUGAAGCUGAAUUGGAAAAGCUCUCCAUUUCUCAUGGAGAUUUGGCACAAAAGACUCCCUCUGCUUCCUCUGAACCCAAAACAGCUCUGGGACUGAAUCUCUAAAGACCCAACAGGAUCCUGUUGCUGCAGAUUGAGAAGUUGUCUUAAGGUUCCUUAACUAAUGACUAGAACUUCUGGGGAGAGGGGUAACGCUCCCCUGUUCUUCAUGGAUAUCACUUUGCUCAGCAGCAGGAUCUCCUGCCAUGACAAUCCACUCUGGAACUGGCCCCGGCUGGUGUUUGUCAUCUCUGUGCCAACAUCUGCACUGGUCUCAAUUUGACUUCUUAUCCCAAGUCACUCUGCGCCAUCCAGUCUUCCCUUCUGGGAAUGCAACUCACUAUUCUGCCCAGUGAAGAUAUACUCUUCUAUGUCCAUAACAGUGCUCGGUUUUUUGGUUUUGAUUCGGUAUUUUUUUUUUUUCCCCUUUGCUGUUGCUGAUGUUGAGAAUCUGAGUUGCAGCGGUAUUGCAGUUGCUCAACAUUUGGCUGUUUGUGUGGUUGUUUAAAACACUUGGCACAUAACUUAUGUCAAGGAGAGUACUUACCUGCAGCAAGCUUAAACACCUGGUGGUAGUUCUGUCCCUCCCUGUCUGUAUUUUGCACGGUCGUGGACAACUAGACACUGUAACUGUUAAAUUGUAGGAGAUUUUGUUGCUGCUCUAGGGGGCAGCAAUUGCAAGCACAAGACAAAAAUAAUUCCUCUUUCUGUAAUGACACUAAGGCCUUAAAAGGGAGACCUGCAAAAGAUUUUAAAUGAAGGAGUUUCUUAUGCUGCCUGUUGUGAUGAAGGCUUGCAGUCGCUAUAAUACAGUUUUCUGCUUGCUCUUACUUGAAAUUUGAGCUGUUUGUUAUUUUUGUAUCUUCCCUCUUUGCAAAACUUCUUGGGAGCUGCAGGGUGAUCUGCUUUGAGCUCUCAUAUUGAGUGAUUGGGGGUAGGAGAAGAGAUACAUCAUUUUCCCUUCCUGAGGGGAUGGUUUCAUACAACAGCCUUGACUUUGCCUUCAGUCUUGAUGUUGCAAUUCAAUAAGAUUAUGGCUUACCAGAAAGCCCCAAAACAAAACCCUGUAAAUGUUUCUAACGCAA